CGUAGACCUCUUCUUCGAACACCUUUGAACAAGCUUUUGUUAACGGCCAUCUGGAACCUGAAGGCCGAGGAUCUGAACGCACACAAUUUGCCCGCGCACGCAUCGCAUCGCCAAAAAAAAGGAAACCACCGACGACGAUGGCAUCAAACAGUAAUUUUAACACCAUUGCCCUAAAACAAACAGCAUGUGCCGUAAAUGGUAAUCGUAUCGGCGUGCCGAAAAGUGCUCACAGCCCGCAUCGCAAUUGUCCUGAAGAAAUGGUGGAAAAGGGUACCAAGCGCAAGGCGGACAUGAGCCUUGCCAAACAGGAAAUCGGUGCCAAACGGUUCGCGCUUGGUAAUCUUACCAAUGCUGAAACAACAACAGGCACCACAGCGUCUACGAUCGGAUCGGUACUGAAAAGCAAGAUGACCAACUUUCUUAGCAAGCCGAUAUCGUCCAAAGCUGCUUCGGAGGUCGGUACCAAACCAACAUGGAAGCCAAAUGAUCAACAUUUCAAGAAAAAUAAAGUGCCGAAGAUUCAUGGCGUCCCGAGGAUCAUGACGCGCGCUGCCAUGCGAAAGCAGCAAGCCGGGGGAACAAGUCAAAAAAUACCACAACAAGAGAAGCCCAUUGCACUCAUCAAGGACAAGGAGAAUGUGCCAUCGUCGUCGUCAGGGAAUGGUGCGGAAAAUGCUGCUCUUGCACACGGACAGCUGCGUAAAGCGGAUGUCGUCGAGUUGCAGGGUAAAUCGAAACCUCUUGCGACGACGGCUGUCGAUAACCGAGUGUCAUCGUGGAAGAACGUUUUGCGAACACGAUCGGUGGCUAUUGUAGCCGAGGCAGAAAGUACCACCCAAGAGAACACAAACUGUGUGGAACAGAAAAAGUCUCAAUCAAUAGUGAGCAACAACAACGCUUUAUCGAAACGUUCCGAGCUGAAGCCUAAACGGGCUCGGGCAUCCAGCGAGUUUGAAGCGAGCGAUAGUUCACUGUAUGUGACGGCGGUUGAAAAUUUCGAAGAUGCAGUUUCGACCUUUUCCGGUACAAAAGCGGACGGCGCAGGCGAGGGUGAAGCGCAAUACAAGAAACCACAGCCGGCAGUGAUUGUCCCAGCGCCAACCGGUCGAUCGCAUCCGGCCAAACCAAAGCGGGCUGGUGGUCGUGGUUCCAACGAGUUCGAGGACAAUGCGCUGUAUGUGACGGCAGUAGAACAUUUGGAUGGAGGAGGCGGCGGCACCGACGGUACAUCAUCGACUAAAGCCAAUGUUGCAGCAGCUGCAAGUCAAGUAGCUGUGCCGACUAUUUCCACGGCAACGCUCGACAAGAAAGCAAAGACACGACCGGGAGAGGAUGCAAAUGAGCCGUGGAAAAUGUUGAUCAAAGAAAAUGUGGCCCUCACCCGGGCUGCAACGGCUGAAAUCGGUAUGCCGCGCAAACAACCGCCGGCCGGGAUUGAGGACUACGAUCUUUGCUACUGGAACGAUAUCUACCAGGUGUCGGAGUACGCUCAGGACAUCUUUGAGUAUCUGCAGGUUCGGGAACCUUCCUACACCAUACCGGACUAUAUGGGACGGCAGAAGCAUCUGACGAAGCGUAUGCGGGCGCUGCUGGUCGAUUGGAUGAUUGAGAUACAGGAAACUUUCGAGCUGAACCAUGAAACGCUUUAUCUGGCGGUAAAAAUAUUAGACACAUACCUGUCCCGCGUAACGAUUGGUCAUGAGGUUUUGCAGCUGGUAGGGAUUGCCGGUAUGCUGAUCGCUUCCAAGUACGAUGAACGCUUACCACCGACGGUGGAUGAUUUUGUGUACUUCUGUGACGGUGCCUAUGAUCGUAUGGAUCUGCUGAAAAUGGAACGUACCGUGUUCCGUACGAUCGAAUAUGAUCUUGGAUUUCCACUAUCGUACCGUUUCCUGCGCCGGUACGCACGUGUCAACCGUAUACCGAUGAUGACGCUCACGUUGGCGCGCUACAUCUUGGAAACGGGGUUGAUGGAUUACGACACGGUGCUGGUGCGCGAUUCGAAGCUUGCUUGCGCCGCACUCUUCAUUGCCCGGCGUAUGUUGGACCAACCGGGAUGGAACGAUACACUCGAGCACUACUCAUCUUACAAGAUGGAACAGUUUAGAGAUGCGGUCGUACUGCUCAACAACGGUAUGUGUUCACGGCAAUAUUCCUUUGAUACCGUGCACAAAAAAUACUCCCACGAGCUGUUCUUCGAAGUGGCCAAACGCCCUAUCAUUACGAACAUGGAGAAAUUAUUUGCCACCGUUAACGUUUCGUCUGAAGCACCUAACACCGUUGUCGCGGUACCGAGCAAUUCAAUCUCUGCAGCCAAAGAACCAGUAGCCAUUUCUACCACCACCAACACUACGUCGACAGUUAACAAAUGA